AUGGGCGGUCUUGAAGAGGUGACGUCAACCCUAGCGACUCGGAUACACAGGUUGCAGUUCAGUAUACGCCCGGUACGACGUCCCUCCUCUAGUAACGGAGGUCGUAAUGCUCGUAGACAGACAGUCAUGUCCGAGCCGGAAUCGGAAACUGAAGAAUCUUGCCCUCCAAACACUCCGCAGGACGUUGCAGCGGCCCGAGGUCAAUUCAGAAAAGAGCGGAGGUCGAAUACGCCGGAAUCAUUACAAGUUCAGCACAAUUUGGCCGCACAUAACGAUUCAGGCCUAGUAUCCUGGUCGAAAAUCCCAACGAAGGGUGAUUCCGACUCUGAGGCUGAAGAAACCUCUACCUCUCCGCAGGACGUACCAAUGCCGACUCAUAGUUUGCCUUCACCGCUGUCUAAUGAUGACAUCAUCACUAUGCCGAGUACAACGGCAUCUUGA